AUGGUUCCCACGAAAGAAAGUGCUUGUAAACGUAUUGGGCUAGGAAUUAGAUUGUUGCAAACUUUGACUGCAGAAGCUUUUCUGUCUGAACUUGGAAUGAGAUGCACUUUUUUAAUUAAGGAAGAACUCAGUCGUAAAUCAUCGCGAAAUAUUUCAGGCUGGUCUUCCGAAGCCUGUUGUAAUUGUCACUACUCAAGUCUCAGUAAAACAUUUGUUAAUAGUAAUACUCCCGAAGAUGUGUGGAAGAAGUUGGCAUACGAGCUCUACGAAAAAUAUCCUCAUAACUUCGAGAACACAAAAUGGGUUGCUUUUAUGGCUUGUACACGUUAUCACCCUCCCAAGAAAAUCAAUUCCGAAUUCCUGAGUUACAAUGAAAUACUUCUUCGGACAACAGCUCAUUUCGCUCUCGGAACAGGGGGUUUAGCCUUACUUGGAACGGGGACUUUACAUGCUUGGCCAGAAACGCUUAAAGAUUUGCAGGUAGUUUUGGGUAAUACAAGAAUUGUUGAUCCAACAUUGAUGGAUGACACUGCUUAUCGACACACUUACUGGGCGGCUUUUGCUACAGGAUUGGGUGCUGUUUGGCAUGAAUUAGGUCAUUGUUUCGGACUGGAACACUAUCCCCAGGGUAUAAUGUUUCGUGGUGAUGAUAUUAAUUUAUGUCUUGGAUUUCCACCUCCUGAUUCUGUUUGUCCACAUGAAUCCAAUAUGAAUGGUAAAUCUGUCCAAACUACAGAUCGAUAUGAUAGUUCGAAUCCUGAUAAUAGACAUAGAAGAGACCUUUGUCAAAUUCAACCCCCGAAGUCAUUGUCCCGUGCUAUACAAUUUCAUCGCAUAGUGCAAUUUCAUCCAAUAAAGUCUCGUUUACAUUCCUCGGAUCAAACCACAAAUGAAGAAAUGAAAUUUAAGCGAUGGGGAUUUUGUAAGUCUUUAUGGCAUCAAGGUUCUGCUUUUUGGGGAACAAAGGCACUUUCAAAGCUACUUUCAUGUCCAUGGAUCAUCGAAACGCUAACUUUAGAUAAAGACAAACUACCUGUUCAGAAAUGA